AUGCAGUCAUCAGACCCCGGACACCUGUUCCAAACUACCUCUCAGCUCGCUCAGUCAGCAAACAGAGAAAGGAAGUUGAAAGCGUCAGAGAAGAUUGGUGAACCCAUUAACGUUUCCAGUAAAGUUCUGGAUCUCGUUGUGAGAGGACAGGAAGGGUGGACGGCUGAAAGUGGAUUUAUAUGUAGGAGGUUGGAUCUGAGGACGGGCAAAACGAUAAAGAUAUAUAAAGGUCAUCAAGGUCCUGUAACUAGUAUUGCAUUACAUGAGAUCCGGAAUUCAGAUGAUGGGAAUAAAUGGUUGGCUCUGUUCACUGGAUCAUGGGAUAAGACGAUCAAAAUAUGGAAUGCAGAUUCGGGAGAACUCUUACAUACUUUAGAAUCUCAUGUCGAUUUCAUCAAAUCACUCUUAAUCUUACCUUCCACCAACCACUUGACAUUACUUUCAACCUCUUCAGAUCGAACUAUCAAACUAUGGGAUAUAUCUUCCCUUUCGUCUGGUACACCAAGGUGCAUACAAAUUAUUAAAGGACAUACUCGACCGGUAGAAUGUUCGGUGUAUAGAUUGGAUAUAGACGUAAAUGGGAAACCAACAGGUGGGGUAACGGUGUACACUGGUGACUCAUUGGGCCUAAUCAAAGUUUGGAGUUGGAAUGGUUCAGAGAGGAAAUUGGUAUUGGAGGAUAAAGAGGAAUUGAAAGGUCAUGAGACGAGUGUGAAUCAAUUGGCUAUAACAGAUGAAGGAUUAUGGAGUGUGUCAUCGGAUAAAACAGCAAUUUUCCAUCCUUUCUCUUCAUCAGCCAAACCAAAACCUAAAAUCACCCAUCCAUCCUACGUUCGAUCCAUCUUACCUAUCCCUGAGGAUUUCCCCUUACCGCAAUCAUUACUAUUGACAGGAUCUGAGGAUGAGGAAAUACGUAUAUUCAAUAUCGAUUCGUUAUUGGAUAUAGGCCAGAGCCAGACGGCAAAAGUAAAAGGUAUAAUACAAGGUCAUUGUGGGGAUGUUACCGUUCUGAGAGCUUGGUAUAGAGAUGAAGAAGGGAAGAAGGGAUGGUAUGUCGUUUCGGGAGGAUUGGAUUGUACACUUAGAAGAUGGAGUGUACAAGACCUCCUUAACCCACCGGUACUGAAUUACGAACCUGAAGAAGAGAAAGAGGAAAUAGGUCUGACGGAGGAAGAAGAGAGGGAGUUGGCGGAAUUGAUGUCUGAUGAGGAUUGA